GGGAACCGGCGAUGCAGCGAGCCAGUGCGUCCGCGGCCGUCAACCACACCUUGUCGGGGAAGCCUGCUCGCGAGGCUCUGUUCGCGACGAACGUACACCCUCACCGGCGCAGCCCGCACACACAGGCGGCUCACGCACACACGUGGAAGAGCACGGCAGACAACCCCCCGGCCGGCCGCGCCGUGUGCGCGCAACCCCCGACCGCCUCCUCACCUGUGCGUCUACGACGACUCGUUUCGCUUUCGCCGCGGCCUGCCUGUGCCUGCCUGUUGCGGAACACCAGCCGACUCAUCCGGGGAGCUACGAUUGAAGACGGACAGCUGUCGAGGGAUUUUCGAAAAUGGACCUGAAGAGGAAGGUAGCGUUGGUGACCGGUGCCGCUGCCGGAAUCGGCAAAGCGUUCGCCACGGAGUUGGUGUAUCAAGGUGUACAGGUUGCCGUGUGCGACAUCGAUGUUGACGAGGGCGAGAAGCUGGUAGAAAUUUUAACCUCAGACUACGGAAAGGACCGUGUGAUUUUCUGUCAAUGCGACGUCACAGAUUACACACAGUUCGAGGAUGCAUUUCAGAAGACAACCGCGACGUUCGGUCACAUCGAUAUAGUUGUAAACAAUGCUGGGAUCAUGAACGAUCGGUUUUGGGAGCUGGAGGUCGACAUUAACGUCAACGGUGUAAUCCGCGGAACGCUGCUUGCUCAACGAUUUAUGAGAACGGACAUGGGUGGUCACGGCGGAAUAGUGGUUAAUAUUGGAAGCAAUAUCAGCAUCAACCCCUACCCCAGUGUUCCGAUCUACUCUGCCACCAAAGCGGCCAUUGUCAAUUUCACCAGAGCGUUCGGGCACCAGUACCACGUGGACCUAACCGGCGUGAAGGUGAUGGCACUGUGCCCAAGUGCGACGGAUAGUAAAUUGUUAAAGGACGUCAGUAAACAGCUGCUCUGGUUGCGAUACGAGGAUGCCUGGCAUUGUGACAUAGCCAAUUCCGUGCCACAAAGGGUGGAGCAUGUGGCAAAAGCGUUGGUGCACGUGCUGACAACCGGCAAAAGCGGCAGCGUCUGGCUGGUCGAGGAGGACCAGCCGCCGCACGAGCUCACCUUCACGAAGAUCUAAGGAAUCGACGUGGCUCCACCCUCGCUUGAAUACAAAUAAUCAUGCCGUACCAUAACUGCGAAUGUACCUUCAUUAUACUACCGGAACUAAGCCGAAUCUGCUGCGAGGAAACGGGGCGUCCAGCAGUGGACCAACGAGGCCCCGAGAACGGAGCGUCGCGUCUCUCGCGCCAUACCAAAGAGCAAAAAACGGCGCAGAAUUUUGUACACUUGGCGAGAACACAUUUUUUGUACAUUGUUAUGCGUUCCGUAUUACACUUAAGUAGAUGUUAAAGACCUAGCUUUUAAUUCCGACGAAGCAAUCCUCGAAGAUGAUCCUCGGAUCUUCGACCGGCUCCAAUCUUUCCUCUUGGAGUCGCCGAGUUCGAUAGAAGUAGACAAAUCUAGGGAAAGGAGAUCUUCUGGCGAAGCCAGGCUGUGGUUGCCGUGGAUGUCCAAAUCGUUCACUGGACGAUCGCGAGAAGCUGCUUGUGCAGCAGCGCGAUCCGAUGAGCUGUACGUAAACGCAAAACGGCUGCGGAUGUUUUAUGCAUUUACGAAAAUGUGCCAGGAAGAAUUGUAGACAUCGCUAUUUAAGAUUGCACUUACUAAAAUUCUCGUAGACAAGGGCGCGCUUCUUCUAUGCCACUCUAUGCAAAUUUCUCCAGGAUAAAAUUCAGUCGUUUAGUCGUCGAGCGAACGGAGAGAAGAAGCAAGUAAACUGGAUGUUUACUUCAAGAUUAAGAUUCAAAGAAUUUCGCGCAUUGUCUGACAAAUUCAAUGGGUGCUUUGGAACGACAACGUGCACAAUUCGCGUGCGAUUUAAUUCGAGAAAAGUAAUCCACGGUCGCCGCAGCCUAAGCAACACCGAUCGAAGCGGAAGAGAAGCGUUUCGUAAGCGAAAGGAACACGCGUUUUUGGACCAUCAACAACUGCUGUGCCGUUAAGACUCAAUAUCACGUAGAUUAGCACUCGUAUUGCAUUCACCACAGGACUAAUAUGUACACAUUCUGUCGGCCAUUUCGAAAAAUUUCGUUUCACCACGAAUGACAUAGCACCCGACUUCUCGUAGUUCGACCGCGGUUUUGUAAAUCGUCGCGUUGCGAACAACAUUCAAUUAUCGAAGAUUCUUUUGGUCCGCGUGAAUCUCGUCGAUCGACUAGAAAUGAAGAACAUGAAACCACCGCUUCCGUUCAUCUAAAUCCACCCAUCCACGCGCUCGUUAAGUAUUAUUGAAUCAACGAAACGAGAGGAUAGAUAACAAAUAAUCGAGGGAGACGAGUCCAAAACAUUGUCCACGAUUACACAACACAAUCGCGCUCGUAAUUUUUAUACGAACUUUUAGACGGGGAUUCGACCAAUGGAAGAGAGCGAGAGAGAGAGGGAGGGAGAGAGAGGGAGAGAGAGAGUGAGAAAGAGAGAGAGAGAGAGAGAGAGAGAGAGUGAGAGAGGAAACGAAUAAACGUAGGUUUAGAUAUACAGAAUCGAGGCCUAAGCCCGGUGUAUUCGACGCACAAAUGCAGGCAUGAUAUAUUUUAAUCGUCCAAUAUUGUCGGUCGGCCGCCCGGUCUCUCUGGUCGCGAUCUCGCGAUCAAGAUUCGAUCGAGAUCCACGAUCGAGGUCGCGACUGGAGAGAGAUCCCGCGGGAAACUCGAAAUCGAAGGGCAAUCGCACAUUCGAAUAUAACAUUACGUAAUCUUAAUCGACGCCACGGUCGGUAGCUAGUGGAAAUUGUUGGUUUUGUUAUGAUUUGCUCGGAAUGUAUGUUGCAAGCCUAGUCAAUAAAGUGCAUAGCUUUUUAAAAAAAAAAGAACUUCGAACACGCUAUUCUUGGAACCCGCAAUAAUAGCAAUAAAAUAUAGUUUCGCAACACUUCA